GGCACGUGAAAAGGAUGCCUAAAUAAAGGUCCUUCGUGGCCACACGGGCCUGAUAGUGACGUACUAAAGUUGCGUCGUCUAAAUUGAAGAAACCAAUUUUUUCUGGGCUAUUUUCAUAAGGACUAGCGAUAAUGGCUCUGGAAACAGUUCCUAAGGACCUUCGCCAUCUACGAGCAUGUUUACUUUGUUCCUUAGUUAAGACUAUUGACCAAUUCGAAUAUGAUGGCUGUGACAACUGCGAGUCGUUCCUUCAAAUGAAGGGGAACAGAGAGAUGGUGUAUGAAUGCACCAGUUCUUCAUUUGAUGGCGUGAUUGCCCAGAUGAGUCCUGAGGACAGCUGGGUAGCAAAAUGGCAAAGGAUAGGUACCUUCAAGCCAGGCGUAUAUGCAGUGUCAGUGACUGGCAGACUACCCCCAGGUGUGGUGAGAGAGCUCAAAAGCAGAGGAGUGAUCUACAAGUCCAGAGACACAGCAGUGAAGUCCUAACCAUGAAAGCUUCAAGUAUGACAUCAUGGCUUCAUUGGAAAGAAACCAUAACAUAUUUGUACAAAAGGACUUGAAAUAAAAGGCAUCAGAGGUCUUGAGACGCCAAUCAGACAUUCGUUGAUUUUCAUAAUGUAUUCUGUUUCCCUUUUAUUUUUUCUAAGAGAGAAAAAUAAACAUCUACUGUUCUA